GAGAAAGUUAUGAUACAAAUAUAAUUCCACUCGUCUAUCCAAAAAAUAGACGAGGAAGUGUAGAAUCUGAUACAACAAAAACAUUACCAUUUGAAGAUCAACAACAAGAUUUUCAAAAUUAUUUAAAAGGUGGUGGUGAUGAUAAUAAUAAUAAAUCUAAUACAAAUACAAUUGUUGGAGAUAUUAUUAAUAGUAAUGGAUUGUUUGGUGGAAGAUCAUCAGCUAAAAGAACGCCAUCCGUUGAAUCUAUUGAAGUGGAAAAUUCCGAUUCACCUUCACCAUUUAAAUAUCACAAUUUAAAUUUAAAUCAUCUUCAAAA